ACAGCUUUACAAUGACGCCUAAUGACAGACUAGAUGAAUUACAGGAGAUUGAUUUUGAAUGUUAGAGAACAAACUGCAGAACAGGGCUACUUUUUUUUUUUUUUUAAAUCAAAUCCAAGCUGCAGGAAGACCUGAAGUUUAAUCAUGUAGCAUAUGCAAAGUCCUUCUGCAACCAAAGGGUCAAAUAGAAUCGGGGAGCAUAUGUUUUCACAGAUUCUUUGACAAUGAUUAUGCCUUAUCUAUUAAUAAUAAUCAAGACUGCAGAUGGCUUAAAUCUAAAUUCAACGCUUUUCCGGAACUUUCAUCUCUGCAGCCCAUCUAAGAAUGCAUUAGGUAUAAUUACAAUGUUUGUGUUUUUAUUGUAAUUUCAAUACCAAUAAGUAUCUCGUAUGUAAAAGGGCUUUCCCUCUCCUAAUGCUUGCAUCAGCUGUAUAAAGUGGGACUGCUUUAGAGAACACUCUAGCCUGGUCUAAAGCAGCAGCUCCGGAUUUCGACCGUGCUGGGCUCUGAAGCCAGUUGUUGGCGCUGUCCGUGGUGCUGAGGAAUUCCCGGCUGCCAGCGAAUGAGCUCCAAAUCAGCAGUCUGCAAACUGCUCUCAGUGAUGCAGAAACCCAGCUAAAGUUGCUCCUUUCUUUCACGUCCACAGUUAGUAUUUUCUGGUGUGUAAGAGGGGAUUCAAGAAACAUAUUGUGGAUGAUGCUGAUGGUACUGCCAGCGGAGUGGGCUUUAAGCUACAGCAUGCUAUUGCUGUUUGUGAUCCUCAGAGCCUAGCCAAAUCACCUCUACUGCCGUACCAAACACUGUGUAAGUGAACUCAUGUGUGGAGGAGGUGUAAUCAGCCGGUAAAUUUCAUAGAAGGAUCUGAGAAAAUGCUAAAUAUAAGUUCAACAUGAUUCUGCUACUGGGGUCUGGAUUUCUACGGGACCAGCAUUGCUUCUUGCUUUGAAUUCUGAAGACAGGUCCAAAGCAUCUUUCUUAUGUGUGUCUGCUGUGUUUCUCUCUGGAAGGGCGGGAGACUGCUUCUUGACUGUGUUUUGAAAUGGGAGGUAGAGAGAAUGGAUUACCUUUAAUUCAUGCCUGAAAAUGUAUUCUUUGGAUAACUAAAGAGGAACUGCUUUCCUAAAACAUACCUGAUCUUUUAGUUCAUGUUGGUCUAUGACUCCCACCACCACCAUUAACCUCCAGAGUGAUUAGCCUACCCCUCUUGUAUUCCCAUGGAAGGAGCUGAGUAUAUUUAAUAUUAGGAGCACAUCCAGAAGCCUUUGAGGAGGGGGAUGGCUCUUCAUAUUCAUGAAGCUUGCAUACUUCUGUUGGUCAUCCUUGGAUUAGUCACUUCUGCUGCCAUCAGUCAUGAAGACUAUCCUGCUGAUGAAGGUGACCAGACCUCCAGUAAUGACAAUCUGAUCUUUGAUGACUAUCGAGGGAAAGGGUGUGUGGAUGACAGCGGCUUUGUAUACAAGUUGGGAGAACGAUUUUUCCCAGGGCAUUCCAACUGUCCAUGUGUCUGUGCUCUGGAUGGACCUGUUUGUGAUCAGCCAGAAUGCCCUAAAAUUCACCCAAAGUGUACUAAAGUGGAACACAAUGGAUGCUGUCCUGAGUGCAAAGAAGUGAAAAACUUUUGUGAAUAUCAUGGGAAAAAUUACAAAAUCUUGGAGGAAUUUAAGCCCUCUCCAUGUGAAUGGUGUCGCUGUGAGCCCAGCAAUGAAGUUCACUGUGUUGUAGCAGACUGCGCAGUUCCUGAGUGUGUCAACCCAGUCUAUGAACCAGAACAGUGUUGUCCUGUCUGCAAAAAUGGUCCAAACUGCUUUGCAGGAACUACAAUAAUCCCGGCUGGCAUUGAAGUGAAAGUGGAUGAAUGUAACAUCUGUCACUGUCACAACGGGGACUGGUGGAAGCCUGCUCAGUGUUCAAAACGCGAAUGCCAAGGCAAGCAGACUGUGUAGAACAAAUUCCCAACCGAUGAGGAGUUCUUAGGAGAGGAUGCUAUGGCUUCCACACUGCACAUGUUUGAAACAAAACAAAACAAACAAACAAACUCCUGCCAGCUACAACAGGGUCACCAGCAAAACCUUUUAGGGUUGACAAAAGUGAAUAUUUUGCUAAGAGGAAAUUUCUCUCUUUCUCUCUUGCUAUAUAAGAUCUAUAUAGUAUAUAGCUAUCGAAACCGCUUUUGUAAUUAUCCAUGCUUGAUGGUGACUUGAUGACUGAAUUUCUGAAACAAAAAGGAAGAAACAGCCUCGUACAGGCUCCCGUUCUGGUGACACCUCUAGCCAGCCAGCUUACUGUCCACCGAUUUACUUCAUGUUUACUCUUCUGUACAUCCCACAUGGCAUUUUUCUCUUGUAGUAUUUCUUUUUCUAUUUAGAGCCUAAGGGGCCAUAUUCAACUGCACAGUUAAGUUUUGAGUUGUGUCACAUAAGCUUUAGUAAAGGAAUAUCAGGGGUGAGGACGCUUCCUGACCAGGAAGACACAAAAGCAUCCAACCAAUCACCACCCCACCUUGGGUGAAACACGCAGUAUAGGCUCAGGAGAGGUGGGUACAGACGGAUGUACUGCUGGGGCGGGGCAGGGAACUGGUGCUUGGUGCCAUGUGUGGGGGAUCACAAAUCUUACAAACCACACAUUUCCGACACAAAACCUUGAAACUGCCAAUCAAAAACUAAUAUGUGAAGAACACCAUGAGCUUGGCUCAAGAAUCCAAAGGGAGCCAGGAAUUCAGAAUUGCAGCAUUAAUCACCAGACAUUCCCAUGAUGCUGAAUCUCAGUUCGGUUUGUAACUUAACACACUCUAAGCCCACUCGGUCACGUGGUCCUAUAAAUACCAGAACCAGGGUGAGUAGCCCCACUGUGAAUCUGAAUCCGACAGAACAUGCCUGGCUUUUGAGUUCAGAUUUGGCCAAAGGCC